CAAAGACGCGCUCCGAAGUGACUUCGAGGUGGCCAAGACGAGAGCUUGGUAUAGAAGGCUCCAGGCUGGUAAGCCGACAACAUGUUGCUCGUGGGCCUGAAAUAUGCUUUGCUACUGGCUAUUAGUGGCUGUAUCCUGCUGAAUCCAAUCCUUGGUGCUGGGACAGAAAGUGACCAGGAGGUGCCCCACCGCAUCUACCGACUCCUCGACGGACUCUCCGGCGAACGGAGGCUGAGUGCCAGCUCCACAUUCGCCCUGCUCCUCUCCCAGUUCCUGAUUAAACAGAAACUGCGCUACGAAGCUCCCACGCGUUAUGAACGGCAGCUCUACUACCAUCUGCUGCACAGACUGGAGAACAUCCGGACGGGAUCCGGGGGAUUGGUCCAGGAACCGGGUAUCCAGGGGGAAAUCCUUAGCAUUGCCUUUCAAAGGAAUGUGUUGCUGUUGCCUCCCUCGCUAAAAUUGGGGGAACUGAAUGCCAAUGGGGACUACGAACAGCUGGCCGAAAUCUAUUCGAAAGUCGUUAACGAGGGGCAGCUCAAUAGGACGCAAUCGGAUAUCUGCCUGCGGGACGUUGUGGAGUUGAAGCCCCCGAACUGCAAGCUACUCUCCGGACAGUGUUUGGAGUUACUGACCAGUGAUGCCCCGGCAUAUGGAUACCAGAGGACCCACCAGGUACUGCUGCUCUAUGUGCUGCAGCACCAGGUGUGUGCCCCCCAUCUCAGUCCUCCACAGGUGUACGAACUGCUGGCCCGGAGUCAGUGCGACGAGGUGGAACGCGAGCAGAACGCCAUCCGGAGCCUGGGGCUGCCAGUCGCCUAUCGCGAUCUGUAUCUGGAGCAAGCCACCAUCUGCGGGUUGUUUGGCUACAAUGAGUUUGUCAACUGGCGCAACGUAAUGGAAAUUGGCAGCUGGCUGGCGGGGGAUUCGCCGAAGGAUAAAUUGGCUGAUGAAAACGAUAGUCAGCACAUAAGCGAUUUGGCCUUGGUGUUCUUCGUAAAUGCACUACUGCUGCUGCAUUAGGUCCCCAAACAAACCCCAUUAUUUUUGCUUCGCUUGAUAAGUCAAUAAAGUG